AACAAUGUCAAAACAGCCAUGUGCGACAUCCCUCCCCAAGGUCUCAAAAUGGCAGUCACCUUCAUCGGCAAUAGCACAGCUAUUCAAGAGCUGUUCAAGCACAUCUCCAAGCAGUUCACUGCUAUGUUCCGCCGCAUGGCCUUCCUCCACUGGUACACAGGUGAGGGCAUGGAUGAGAUGGAGUUCACAGAGGCUGAGAGCAACAUGAGUGACCUGGUCUCCGAAUACCAGCAGUACCAGGACGCCACAACUGAGGAAGAGGAGGAUUUCGGCGAAGAGGCCGAGGAGGAAGCUUGAGGUUAACCCUGCUAUC